AUGUCGCCGGAAUCCAUCUCCGGUCAGUACCCUUUUUUUCUGCUUCUCAUUUUCUUGAUCAUCAUCGCUCCUUCGUCUUCCCAAUCUGACCCACGACAGAUUCUUCUCAAAAUCAGCACUGAUUUGGGUGAUUCAAGCUUACCAGUGUUCAGCACAUGGAAUGAGAAUAAUCCGGUUUGUAACUUCACCGGAAUCGUCUGUAACGGCCAGAAUUCCGUCAAAGAAAUCAAUCUUUCGCAACAACAACUCGCCGGAACUAUUGAUUUUGAUUCAAUUUGUUCACUUGGAUCACUCGAGAAAAUCUCACUAGGAUCAAAUCUUUUGCAUGGUACCAUUAGUUCUCACUUAUCAAAGUGCACCCACUUGCAGUAUCUUGAUCUCGGAUAUAAUCUAUUUUCCGGCGAGUUCCCGGAGAUAUCUUCUUUAACCCAUCUACAGUUUCUAAACUUGAACCUCAGUGGUUUUUCCGGCCCAUUUCCAUGGCAAUCGCUUCAAAGUCUUAACAAUCUCACUUACUUGAGCUUAGGAGACAACCCAUUUGAAAUGAAUCCGUUUCCUUUGGAAAUUUUGAAGCUUGGCAAGUUACAAACUCUUUAUCUAACAAACUCUACCAUCCAAGGGACGAUCCCAGAAGAGAUCGGAAACCUCCGUUUGUUGCAAAGUCUUGAGCUUUCCGGUAAUUAUCUGGUCGGAACAAUCCCGAAGGCGAUCACGAAACUCACCAACCUUCAAGAGCUUGAGCUCUACGACAAUGAACUCACGGGGACUUUUCCGGUUGGGUUUGGCAACUUGGUUAUGCUUGCUAAACUCGAUGUUUCGAAUAACAGUCUUGAAGGCGAUCUUUCCGAGUUAAGAAACUUGACUCGGUUGGAGUCGUUGCAGUUGUUUGAGAACAAAUUUUCUGGGGAAAUCCCUGUCGAGUUCGGAGAAUUCAAGUUCUUAAAGCAAUUUUCAAUCUACGAUAACAAGUUCACCGGAGAACUCCCUGCGAAAAUUGGGUCGUGGGCUGAUUUUGAAUACAUUGAUGUAUCAGAGAAUUUCUUGACGGGUUCGAUUCCACCAGAUAUGUGCAAAAAUGGGAAGAUGUUUGAUAUUUUGAUGCUUCAGAACACGUUCACCGGUGGCUUGCCGGAGACUUAUGCCAAUUGUUCUUCGUUGAGCCGGUUAAGAGUGAACAAUAAUUCACUUUCCGGGAGAGUUCCAGAUGGGAUUUGGAGUUUGCCGAGCAUGAAAUUGAUCGAUCUUACAAUGAAUCAGUUCGAGGGUCAAGUGACACCUAAUAUUGGUGAAGCCAAAUCAUUACAACAGCUUUUUAUAGCUAACAAUCGUUUUUCCGGCGAGUUGCCGGAGGAGAUAUCUGAAGUUUCAUCUCUAGUGGAAAUGGAGUUGAUGUCGAAUCAGUUCACCGGUCAAAUUCCGGCAAGAAUUGGCGACCUGAAGAAGUUGAACAGUCUUCAUUUAGAAGGUAAUUUCUUUUCUGGAGCUAUUCCAGAGUCUCUUGGUUCAUGUGUUUCUCUCAGUGAUCUAAACCUUGCCGGAAAUUCUUUCUCCGGCCAAAUUCCGGCAAGUCUUGGCUCUUUACCAAGCUUGAACUCCUUAAACUUAUCCGGUAACAAACUUUCUGGUGUAAUCCCGGCGAGUUUGUCGUCAUUAAAGCUAAGCCUUAUCGAUUUUUCAAACAACAUGUUGAUCGGGCGGGUGCCGGAAUCUUUAUUGGCGGAGGCUUACAACAAUAGCUUUGCCGGAAAUCCCGGGUUAUGUGCCGAAGGGAGAAGAGAUCUCCGGCGGUGUUCGCCGAUUUCUCAUAAGUCCAGUGACUUGAACGUUGCAAAAUAUUGCUUCAUAGCCGGUGCACUCGUGUUGGUGUUGUCAUUAGCGUGCUUUCUCUUUGUAAAAUCGAGGCGAAAAGAUCGCAAAAAUCUGACAGAUCGAGGUUUUUCGUGGGACAUGAAACAGUUUCAUGUCAUAAGCAUCAACGAAGGGGAAAUACUGCGAUCCCUCAAACAAGAGAAUUUGAUCGGUCAAGGGGGUUCCGGGAACGUCUACAAAGUCGAAUUGGGGUGCGGGAAGAAAUUGGCCGUGAAACAUAUGUGGAAGUCUGGUAUCGACUCCGGUGAUCGUAAGAGUUAUCCGAGUGGUGAGACGAUAUUACCGAAACGAAAAAUCAGGUGGCCGGAAUACGACGCGGAGGUGGCCACUUUGAGCUCGAUUCGACAUGUAAAUGUCGUGAAGUUGUAUUGUAGCAUCACGAGUGAGGACUCGAAUCUACUUGUUUACGAGUAUAUGCCUAAUGGUAGUUUAUGGGAUCGACUACAUACGUAUCAGAAGGUUGAAAUGAACUGGGAUGUUAGGUAUGAGAUUGCAAUAGGGGCCGCAAAGGGAUUGGAGUACCUACAUCACGGGUGCGAUCGACCCGUGAUACAUCGAGAUGUGAAGUCGAGCAAUAUUUUGUUAGAUGAGGAAAUGAAGCCGAAAAUAGCUGAUUUCGGACUUGCGAAGAUUGUGCAAACGAAUAAGGUCAUGGAUUCGACGCACAUCAUAGCAGGAACACAUGGUUACAUCGCUCCUGAAUAUGGAUAUACGUUCAAGGUGACCGAGAAAAGUGAUAUCUACAGCUUUGGAGUUGUUCUGAUGGAGUUGGUAACAGGGAAAAAACCUGUUCAACCAGAGUUUGGCGAGAACAAGGACAUAGUAUGUUGGGUUCACGAUAAAAUGAGGAGGAAUGACGACGCGAUCACUCUGUUGGACCCGACCAUUCCAGGCGAUAGCUGGAAAGAAGAUGCAAUCGAGAUGCUGAUGAUUGCAAUACGUUGCACGAUGAAGAUACCUGCAUCGAGACCGUCGAUGAGGAUGGUUGUGCAAAUGUUGGAACGAAUUGAGCCUCGUUCACCUGUCGAUAUCGUGAUUGAUAAUGAUAUCCAUAUCGAGAAAGACUAAAUUUUUAUACAUCCACAAGCAAUAGCAUAUGUAAAUGAAACGAUCUGUAAGUUUGUAGACAAAAGGGUUGAGUUCUGCCAUUAGGACGGGAUGCACCGAGUUAUACCAGAUCAAUCCUCGUAUCAAGUACGAUUCAUGGAUGAGUUUGAGAUUAAAAGUGAUCAAGGGUCCAGAUCUCUUAUUACACGAUGAAAUAUUGUUACAAGUGUUCACAUUUAAUAUUUAAUUGAUAGUCAGAUAAAUAAAAAAAAUUAUAUAUCAAGUCAA